AUGGUUAAAAAUCAAAUAUUUUCAUUAAAAUCAUUGUGGUCAUCUUCAAUUUUCAAAAUUUUGUAUUGUUAUUUGUUUACAUCAUUAUUAUUGAUACUAUCGACUUGGGUAUCUGUUAAUGAUGGAUUAUCAGUUAGAGAGCAUAUUAUAUUAUUAAGAUUAUAUUUCGAUACUAAUGGUACAACAUGGUAUCAUAAUCAAGGUUGGAAAGAGUAUGCAGAUUGCAUACUAGCAGCAGAUGGCUCAGUUAGAAAGGCUUUAGAGUCAAUUGAUCCUCUCACCGGUCAAAUACCACAAUAUUUAUGGGCUGAUCAUUUUAGUCAAUUGGAUAAUAAUAAAACAUUAUAUAAAAUAAUUCAUAAUCAAAUUCAAGGUCAUAAAGUUGUAAUUUGUAAUGCAUUUGGUAUAACUUGUGAAGAUAGAAUUAACUUAACUGGAAUAGAUUUAUCAAAUAAUAAUUUAAAAGGUAAUAUUACACCUUAUUUACCUUAUUUAUUACAUUUAAGGAAUUUAAAUCUUUCAAAUAAUCAUUUAUCAGGAUGUUUCCCAGAUGGAUUAUUAAAAGCUCAAAGUUUAGUAGCAUUAGAUCUUUCAUAUAAUAAUAUUAGUUGUACAUUAUCAUUAGCAGAUUCAAAAGCAAUUUCAUAUAUUGAUAUUAGUCAUAAUCAUUUAACAGGUUACUUUAAAAAUGUUUGGAAAACCCCAAAUUUAUUAUUUUUGGAUUUAUCAUUUAAUAAAUUAUAUGGUACAAUAUUAAAAGAAUUUUUUAGGCAAAAAUCUUUAGAUUAUGUUAAUCUUAGUUCAAAUCAAUUAAUUGGAUUUUUACCAAUUUUAUCAAAAUCGAGAAUUUCUUAUUUAAAUAUAAGUAAUAAUAGAUUAAUUGGUAAUAUAACAUUAUUAACAUGUUGGAAAGCAGGAUCAUUAAGAAUUUUUGAUGCAGAAAAUAAUAUGUUUGAAGGGGCAUUACCAGAGAGUAUAUUUGAUCAUUCACCAUUACAAUAUGUUAAUUUAAAGGGUAAUAUUGUAAAGGAUCCAUUACCAUCAAUUUUAGAUUGUGCAAAGAGUGAAGUUAAAAUAAUAGUACCAGAUGGAUUGAAACAAAAUAAAUGUGAUCCAAAAGUUUCAAGUAAUUGGGUACUAAUUUUGAAUCCAUUAGGUGAAGAAUUUAAUAUAGUUGGUAGUGAUUUUGGAAUUAAUAGUAAAUCAAUUAAUAUUCAAUUUCAAAAUGGGUUACAUUGUGUUGAUAAUGUAACGACCAUAAUUAAAUCCAAUACUAUUAUCUCUUGUAAAAAUCCUCAAGGUAGGAAUAGCACCUAUUUAAAGCUAACCAUACCAACUGGUGAGCCUGGUAAUUUCACUGUUAUUAAACAACAACUCUACUACUAUAGACCAAUUAUUAAAAGUUGCUCAAAAGUUUAUAAAAACAUUGGUGGUGAAAUAACUAUACUUGGUAGUCAUUUAGAAAGUUUUAAUAAAACAAGUAAUGGCAAGAAAAUGAUAACAGUUUCAAUUGGUAAUAUUAAAAAUAGUUUUACAAAUGUUACCUCUAGUAUCAAUAGUGAUGGUUUCAGUGGAGAGGUUAUAAGUUGUCGUAAUGCUGAUAUAAUUACACCCGAUAUGAUAACCUGCUCAAUACCAUCCAACACUAAUUUACAACAACCUGCUGAAAUUCAAAUUAUAAUCGAUGGUAUAACUGCAUACGUUCCAAUAGAUUCAACCAGACCACAUUUCCUCUAUAAAGGUGUUUACAAUAAAGAUAUCACAAUAUCUAAACCAACAGAAUACAAUCAAACCAUAACUAUAUCAGUACCAAAUGAAACUAUAAUAGAUAUGGAUCAAGUUGUACGGGUUUUAAUUGAUGAUAAUGAUGAUUCAAUUUGUAAGAAUAUUCAACAUAUUAAUAAAACUUCAAUUCAAUGUUUACCUUAUAGUGAAACUUGUGGUUCAAAUGUUAAAGUUACACUUGUAACAAAAUAUGGUGAACCUCAAUUUACAACCUCUUUAAAUUAUCCACCACCAAUCAUUACUCGUGUAACUCAAGGUAUUGAUUCAACCUCAAAUUCAAUUAUAACAAUUAAUGGUAAAUUUUUAAAAACUGGUGGAAAACGUAAUCUUUCAAUUAAAAUUAAUGAUACAAUUUGUUGUCCACUUUAUAAUGAAUAUUAUUAUAAACAAGAUGAAUUAGAUGAUGAUAACAAUAACAAUAAUAAUAAUAAUAAUAAUUCAACAACAGAUAUAAAUAAUAAUAAUAAUAUUAUUAAAAAUAAUAAUUUAAUUAAAGAAGAACAAAUAUUAUGUUAUUAUCAAAUAAAUCAAUCAUUACCAAUUCAUUUAAAUUUACCAGUUACUUUAACAUUAUCAAAUCAAACUGUUGUUAAAAAUAAUAUUUAUUCUCAAACAAAUUCAACAUGUCCAAAUAAUUGUGUUAAACACAGAACCAAUGGUUGUAGAUCAGGAAUUUGUGAAUGUUAUCCAAAUUUAACAGGUCCAUCUUGUGAUGAAAAUAUACCAGAAUCAACAAUAUCAAAUUUUUCAAAUUAUUUACCAGAUUUUAUUUUAUCAUUUCCAAAAUUCAUUACAAAUAAUACAUUUAAUAUUAAAUUUUUAUCAAUUUCUGAAGUAAAUGAAUCUGGAAAUAUAGUUGAUAGAUUUUGUAGCUUAAAUAAUAAUAAUAAUAAUAAUAAUAAUAAUAAUAAUAAAAAUAAUAAUAAUAAUAAUAAUGAUAGUAAUAAUGAAAAAGAAGUAGUAGAAGAUGAAGAAGAAGAUUUAGAUUACAGUAGUCAAAAUGAUAAUAAUAAUAUUAAUAAUAAUAAUAAUGAAAAUAAUAAUGAAAAUAAAUUAAAUUGGAAAUUAAUAAAUCAAACUAAAACAACAAAUGCAUUAUAUACAUUGAAAAUUAAGAAAAAGAAUGUUACAUUAGAUAUAUUAAUUUCAAGUGAUAAUAAUCAACAUAGAGAAGUUUAUUUCGCUGGAGAAGUUAUUCAAGUUCCAAAGAGUUCAAUAGAGUUAAUAGUGAAUUUAAAGGGUAAAUGGCUAUUUAAAGAUCCAAAGAAUCAGUUGAAAUUUAAUUUUUUAGUUAAACCAGUUAAUGAUCAUGAUUAUUCAUUAUGUUUACCUUCACCAUUUGUUUUAAUAUCUGAUGAACCAUUUCGUUGGAUAACUAUGGAUGUUGAUUCUUCAACUAUUUUCGCUAAACCUUCAAAUAGAUUCUUAUUAAAUAAUUAUUUAGUAAGAGUGAUUGAACCAAAUUAUAAAUUAAGUGAUUCAAAUUUAACUUUAAAUUUAUAUUAUCAAUUCAAUCAAACAACUUUAAAACAACAAGAUAACCAUGGUGAUGAUAAUAGUGACAAUUCAAUCAAGUAUACUGAAGAUAGUUUAAAAUUUAGAAUUGAUUUCUCAACAUUUAAUUCAAGACGUGAAAUUAAUCCAAAACCAAGAGGUUGUUUUAAAGAUAAUACUCAUAAAUUCCCUUAUGACUAUUAUAUAGUUUUCUUUGGUUGUGCUUCUGGUUUAAUUUUGGUUUUAGUAAUUUGUAUUGUACAAUGUUCAAGAAUUGAAUCAAGACAAAGAAAACAAAUCAUUAAAUCAUUCAAAGCAACUCAAAAAAUGCCUGUUGAAAUUAAAACUCCAUUAUUACCUCCAAGUUUUCAUUUUAAUUUUCUAGAUUAUAAUAAUAUGGAUUUAAAUAAUAAUAAUAAUAAUAAUAAUAAUAAUAAUAAUAAUAAUAAUAAUAAUAAUAAUAAUAAUAAUAAUAAUAAUAAUAAUAAUAAUAAUAAUAAUAAUUUUAAUGAUGGUAGUGAUACUUUUAAUAAUAAUAAUAAGAAGAAUUUAAAUUAUGAAGAUAAUUGUGAUACUGUUGGAUUUGAUGGUAAAGAAAAUGAUAUAAAAAAUAUUAACAACAAAAAAGAUGAAAAAGAAGAUGAUGGUGAUGAUGAUGACGAUGAAGAUGAUGAUGAAUAUGAAGAUGACACACAACCAUGUAGUAGUGGAAAUAGUAGUAGAAGUAAAGGUAGUGAUGGUGGUAGUAGUAGUAAUAGUUUAAGUAGUGAUAAACAAAGUUUCAAUAAUGGAAAUGAAAAUAAUUCAAUUAUACCAGAAAAUAAAAAAAAACAUUUAACAAUAAUAAAUAAAAAAUAA